GUCUCCGGCCUCUGCACUCCGGAGAAGAGAGGAGGCGGGACACGUGUGUCGGUGGUAAGCUGGUAACUAGUGGUAGUAGUCGGUUAGUCCUCCACCUCCGAAGAGCAGCACCGGACCGACCCCACAGCCACAUCCACAAUGAACGGGUUAGACGAGGAAUCCAUGGCGCCACAGACGUUUCUUUACGGCUGUGUGCUGGAAGCUGGAAAAGAGGUGGUGUUCAAUCCUGAGGAUGACGACUUUGAGCACCAGCUGGAUCUAAGGAUGGCCUGCGUGGACCCCGCCACCAAAGACGAACUUCACAUGGUGGAGGUGGAAGGACAAGACACAGAGGGUCAGAAAAUUAAGGCAGCGCUGGUUUCACUGAAGCCCUCCACCCUCCCCAGCGUUUGUCUUGGUGGUUUCACAAUCACACCUCCAGCAGUUUUCCGUCUCAAGUCAGGUUCUGGUCCGAUCCACAUCAGUGGACAGCACCUCGUCAUGAUGGAAGCUGAUCAGUCUUUUGAUGAGGAUGAUGAUGAUGUAGAGGAGGAGGAGGAAGAGGAAGUCGCAACAUCAAAGAAGAGAGCUGCUUCCUCUCCUGCACUCAAGUCUCAGAAAAAGAUGAAAAUGGACAUUGAGGAGGAAGAUGACGAUGAGGAUGAUGAGGAUGACGAAGAGGAUGAUGAUGAGGAGGAUGAGGAGAGCGAGGCGGAAGAAUCACCUGUCAAGGUCAAGUCAACACCAGCCAAACAAAAAAAACCUGCUCAGAAUGGCAAGAGUCCAAAACCCAGUACUCCAGCUGCAAAGCAGGAGAAGACCCCUAAAGGUAAAGGUAACAAGUCGCCUAAAACGCCACCAACUCCCAAGGCAGUUCUCACAAUUCCUGAGAUUAAAGCCAAGAUGAUGGAGGCAGUGAAGAAGGGAGUGACAUUACCCAAAGCUCAGCCCAAGUUUGAGAACUUCGUGAAGCACGGUUACAAAGUCUCUGAUGCCAAGGACGUCGCAGAGCUGUGGAAGUGGAGACAGGCGGUGACGGACGCUAAAUAACAGCCUACACAACAGUUUUAUUAUCUUUUUUUUAUGACUUGUUUAUAUCAUCGCAUCUCUGUAGCCAAACUCAGUCCCUUCCAGUCAUCAUGAAUCCAUUCAAAGUCUAAUCCAGCCUCCUCCUGCAUGAAGAGAAUGUACAGUGAUGUGGCUAGUGAGCGUGCACGGUGAUGGUGCAUCAUGUUUCCACCUCCAUAUUAUUCUCACUGGGGCAGAGAAAUUAUUUAGUUUGUUGCAUACACCCUGGGAGAAUCGACUUUACAAAUUUGCAUCUUUGUAAAUGUGUAAAUACAUUUCUCACUAGAUUUCUUUUUUUGGCAUCUCUAUAUGCAAGAACAAUAAAACAUACUUUUGAUCAUUACACUUAAAAUGACACAUAAUUCAAAACAAUGUCUUAUCUAUUCAAUAAAGCAUCUGCUAAUUUUGGCCACAUCGUCAGUUUUGGUGAAUUACCACCAAGAACUUAAGAGAAAAUGCACUUUUCGAGAUGUCUUGACUGUUUAUGCUGCUUUGAGAUUCCUGUGGUAAAGACCCCAUCACUUGAAAAUUGUGUCCGAAUUCAAACGUUCUUGCCAUUUUCAUACAUUUUCCCGUCCGCACAUGGUCGACCAUUUGGUUUAAAGCUCCAUCAACCUUUUAGAGCCAAGAGAAAUAAGAGCAGCAGCCUCCACCUCUGCUCUCUUGGUCUGCUUUAUGGUGCCAUGACUCCUGAUGUCCAGCAGGCCAAAGGUUAAGUAUUUGCUCAUCGGGUGACUGACUGCAUGAAGGAAUUAAAAAAUUAGUGUGUUUUGUUGCGUUACCUUUUCAAACCAGAUAUUGCAGAUGUGGAGAUGUUUUACACAAGAAAUACCCACCUGCUGUUAAUUCAGUCCAUUUCAGUUUGAAGUUGAGUUGAUGGUGUAAAUGUUUGUGCAUUUGGCCUGUUAGAAGCAGAUCAUUCCACGUUUGCCAAAAAACUAAGUUUGUUUGAUUUAAAUAUGCUGUGGGUGUAGACUCGCCAUCAAUGAGUCGUUAAAUAAAAAUAGAUAUGGAUCCAUUA